AAAAAACAAAAACAGAAAAAUUGUUUUCAACGAAUCCAAAAUUCGCCUGCACUUCUUCAACUAUAAAUUCUCCUACUUCUUCCUGUUCUGUUCUCCGACUCCUUUGUACUUUCAGUUUUUACAAAACGACGCCAAACAAACAAAACUAAAACCCGAAUUUCUAGUUUUCUACUUCGAAUGGAGGGUGGGGGAUCCGUGACAUGCGGGUCGUGGAUCAAGCGACCCGAGAACAUGAACCUGGUUGUGGUGGGCAAGUCAAGGCGGCUUCAUUCAUCUCCAGCUUUGCUUGAAAUCUUUUCGUUUGAACCCAACAAGAGCUCCAUGUCGACCGCUCCUUUGGUGAGUUAUGUAUUUGAAGAAUGUGAAGGCGAUCCUUUGUCUAUUGCUGUGAACCCAAGUGGUGAUGAUUUGGUUUGCUCUACCACAAACGGCGGCUGCAGAUGGUUUGAGGUAUAUGGUCGUGAAACGAAUCUAAAGUUGUUGGCCAAAAAAAUGCCUCCACUCGAAGAUGUUGGUCCACAGAAAUGCCUAGCCUUUAGUGUUGAUGGGUCUAGACUUGCCACUGGUGGAGUGGAUGGGCAUCUCAGAAUCUUGCAUUGGCCAAGUCUGCGCAUUAUUUUAGAUGAACCAAGAGCGCACAAGUCGGUCUGGGAUAUGGAUUUUAGCCUAGACUCAGAGUAUUUAGCUUCAACAUCUACUGAUGGUUCGGCUAGAAUAUGGAAGACAGAAGAUGGUGUGCCUUGGACCUUUUUAACUCGCAACUCGGAUGAGAAGAUUGAACUGUGUAGAUUCUCUAAGGAUGGGACAAAACCAUUUUUGUUUUGCACUGUUCAGAAAGGUGAGAAAGCUGUUGUUGCAGUUUAUGACAUAAGUACGUGGAAUAAAAUUGGGUAUAAGAGGCUGCUUAGAAAACCUGCAUCCAUAAUGUCCAUCAGUCGGGAUGGGAAGUAUCUUGCUAUUGCUAGCAAAGAUGGUGACAUCUGUGCUGUUAAUGUAAAGAAAAUGGAAAUCUGCCACUGGAGUAGGAGGCUACACCUGGGUACUCGCAUUACAUCACUAGAGUUCUGUCCCAGCCAAAGGGUGGUUUUAACUACUUCAAAUGAAUGGGGAGCUUUGAUUACUAAGCUAAAUGUUCCGGCAGAUUGGAAAGAGUGGCAGAUUUACGUGCUGCUUCUAGGACUCUUUCUGGCAUCAGCUGUUGCAUUUUACAUAUUCUUCCGGAAUUCUGGUUCAUUCUGGAACUUCCCCCUCCCGAAAAAUGAACCCAAAAGGCCAAAGAUCGAAACCAUUUUGGGAGAUCCUCAGUCUUCUGAUGAUCAAAACAUGUGGAGUGAAUUUGGACCAUUGGAUAUGUGACCACUUGAUAGAUUCAAUCACCAGAACUCACGGUACAAAUUAACUUUUCGAGUCUUACAAGACAUUUUCGAUUUAGGUUAGUCAUAUAAUGCAAUGUAUCAUGCAACUUUAAAAGUAUUUUUUUUAGUGUAACGUACCUUAAAACAGGCAGUUGUUUUUCCCUUUUUUGUUUUUUUCUUUCCCACUUCAACAAUUACCCAUUGAAAUAGAAUAAUAAGAAGGAUUCGCUUUCUAUAAAGAGCUUGGUUUGGUUUGUGACUUAAA